AACUGUUUACUGCCUCCUAAAUAUAUGGACAAAAAAUAAUCGUUUCAGUGGAUUAUACAUAUUCAAACUAUGAGAUUUAGCGUAUGGUCAAUUUUAAAGCAAUGAUAAUAGUGCUAUUGACCUUUUUUACAUUUAAAAUAUGAUUUGAUAAAUCCUAGACAAAUAAACCACAAGGAAGGACUAAAUAUUUGAAUAAAUAGACAUGUUUUACAAAAUAUGUCGAUGUAAAGUGUUCCUUUUGAUAAUCUCACAUCAAGCGGUUUACACCCGACAUACUAAUGUAAUAUUUGAGGAUAAUUUAACGUUUCAGAUUAUGUGAAGCAAUAAAGUGACCAAGCACGAUUGUAAAAAUUCAAAAACAGUAAAAAUGACAAUGCGCCUAGAAGAUGUUGAUCGUCUCAGUAUAGAGGAGGCUGUGGAUUGGUUAGAAGAAAGGGAUAUUUCAUACGAGCUUUUAGAAACACAUAGUGAAAUGUUAGAUCUCAUUAGAGCUACACUUAGAAAAGACGAAAGCCUGGUUGAAAGAAAGUGUGUAGAUAGUGAUGAAUUUAUAUCUGAUGUCCUAAGUGAAGACGAUGCGAUGAAAUACGAACUGUUAAAGAUAUAUACAGACCUUCAAAAGUUUGUCAAAGACAACUUAGGGGAUGAAACAAGACAACGUAUUAAUAGCAUUUACACUGAUGUUGACUCUCAUCUACAAAGAAACACCGAUGACCUUAUAAAUUCAGACUGUGCUAUAGUAGUCGCAGGUGAAACAGGUUCAGGGAAAAGUAGUUUUCUGAAUCUGCUGAUAGGGACUGAUGUUUUACCGUACUCCCUCUUAUCCAAUACCUCAGCCAUUUGCCAGAUUCAUAACAGUGAGAAGAAGAAAUUUAAAGUGGUCAGAGAGAAUGAUGAAAGUGAAACAUUUGAUGUCGUGGGUGAUGGAUCGGCAGCGGAGAAAGACCUUAUAGCCAAGCUGACGCCAUAUGUCGGUCGGUCGGGUUAUGUCACUGGGAACAAAAUAAAACAUGUUGACAUCUAUUGGCCCGUUCCUAUGAUAAGGGAGCAUGUGACCAUUGUUGAUACUCCAGGGGUAGGAGAAAACCGGGAAAUGACAGAAAAGUUGGUUCAGUACCUACCAAAGGCAGUCGCAUUCAUUUAUAUUGUCAAUAGCGCUAACGCUGGCGGCAUUCAGGAAGAUACAAUACUUCAUAUCAUAUCUGAACAAAAGAAACUAGACACAGAACAUGAGCUUUCAAGUUUUGAUCCAAGAAGUAUGAUUUUUGUAUGCAACAAAUGGGACGUUGUAGAAAAACGCGGAGAAGCUGAUAGGACAUGGCAAGACACUGUCCGUAGACUCCAAAUGACCAUUCCUGGGCUCCGUGAAGAUCAUAUUUUCAAACUGAGCGUCAGCGAGGCGAUAAAGUAUAAAAAGUCCGGAAUAGGGAAUACGGAAAAAUAUCAACAUCUGCUUGAAGGACUUGAACGAUUCAUCCCAGACAGUUUGGUUGCAAAUAUCAAAAGGCAUUAUAAAUGGAUAAACAGCAUUAUUUCAAAGCUUGAGGUAUAUAUUGCAUCAAGGAUCAAUAAUGCCAAAAAAUCUUCAGAGGAGAAAGAUGAAUUUCUUAAGACGGUGAUGUUAAGACUCUCAAAACUUGAAAGAGAUUCUGAACUGGUACGCAAUCAGCUCAUAGCUGAGGCACAGAAUGAAUGUCACCUUGUUACACAAGAACUUCACAAGCAUCUCAAAAAAGAAGAUGUCAUCUCUUACCUUGAAACAUGGACAGAAGAAGAGGCUCCAGAUAUUAUUGAAAACGACCUUGAUGUCACCAAAUUCGGAGCACAAGAGAUGAUACUGCACAGACUACUGAAUGUUAUUCAAACUUGGGAGAGUGAAACUCGCAUUGUUCAAAAAGCGACACAAAAGCUAACUCGCUUAUUUAAUAGGGAGUGCUUUCUUCUUUCACAAAAAUGCAAUGCAGUCGACGAAAUUCUCGAGGGUGGUUCACUUUCUGAUACAGUCGGGCUCAUUCUAGGGAGACACUCCGGUCCAGAAAAUACUGUCGAUACUGAUUUAGAACUAGAAGCUUCAGACAUCGCAAUUAUUGCAGCAACUGCACCAAUAUGGAUACCGCUUGGAAUUGCUGCCCUUGCAAUUUUCAUUCCAGUUGGAAUAGGAUUUGGUGUAGUAAAUAGCAUCAGAAACGCACUGGAAAGAAAGGAAUACCGGAAGGACAAGGCUAAAUUUAUGCGGAAAUGGACACUUAUGUUGCUUGAUAGCCUUCAUGAAAUAGAUAAUAUAUCUCACCUCAUUGAAGGAAUGUAUCUCAAAAGUAUGAUUGCACGAAUAAAUAUUUUGUUUUCUGACUUCAUACCUAGACAAAUUGAAGCUGAUAAAACUCAACUUCACCUUAUCGUAAGUGAUAAAAGAACUGAAGUCCAAAUUCUUCAUCAAUUUCGACCAAAGAAAGAAAGGGUACACGAGCUCUUUCAAGCACUGUAUCUAUUCGAUCUGAAGUAUUUAGCAAAUGAUUUGAUUGGCAUAUCAAAGAUUCUGCGUUACAGACAAAUUGGAAGUGGCAAUUUUUCAGAUGUAUAUCGGGCCACAUGGAAACAGGAAGAUGGAAGCGAGAAAGAAGUUGCUCUAAAGAUUCUUAAAGGUCAUGACAUGCACUUACAGCUAUCUGAAGUGGACUGCUCAAGGCGGUUAAAACACCACAAUCUAGUUGAAUUCUACGGCGUCAUCUUUUCCGGUCGUGAAAGAUACAACGGUUCUCAUGCUGGCUUGCAUAGACAGAACGUUGGAUUACCCUUGUAUGAUAAUCGACUGAUGCUUGUGCUAGAUCUGUGCGACCAGAGUUUGGAGUCAUUAGUUUUUGGAAACAAAGAUUUACAGUGCGGGUCAUUUUCCCACUCUCUACGUGAAAGGAAAACGUACGACUUUUUCUUCGACAUGGGGGUAUCGAUCUGCGAAGGUCUAGCUUACAUGCACAGAAUGAAAUAUCUCCACAGAGACUUGAAACUUUCAAAUGUUUUGGUGAAAAACGGUAUAGGAAAGCUGAGCGACUUAGGGUUUGCAAGAGCGGAGGUCACCAUAACUGGGACAGCUGCAGGCACAUUGACGCACAUGGCACCCGAACUACUAAAGGAAAAGUUGUACAGCUAUAGCUCAGACGUUUACAGUUUGAGCAUUUUGAUGUGGGAACUGUGGUAUGGUAAAAGCUCAUAUUCAGAUACAGACUUUGCUGGCUUUGGCGUGGGGCAAUUCAUUGAUGCAGUAACACGAGGUGCAAGACCGGGUUGUGAUAUGGAACAUGCAAUGAUGGAAGAUUUGAAGAUUUUAGUUCAGAAAUGUUGGGACCAUGAUCCAGAACGACGUCCAAAAGUUGAAAACGUUACAAAAGAAUUGAAGAAAAUUGAUGAAAAAUACCGUCGAGUUAUUUCAAGAUAAUUUGCAAAUUGAAUGGAGAAGUUAAUAAACUGGUAAAAGCAUGGAUAAAUUCAGAAACAAUUCCCAUUAUAUAUCAAAAUAAUAGUAAUACUUUAAGUUGGUAGAAGGGUUGUCAAUGGUCUAACUUGCAACAUUUAACAUAAAAGAAUGUCGUUGAAAUUUUAUAUAGCUAAGUUUUAAAUAACAGAUUUUCGUUUUCAUUACAAAAUUUCAUUUAACCAAAAUAUACAUGGCAAAGUAUAAUUUUUCAUUUGUGACAAUCACCUAAGCCUAUCUCUAACUAUUGUCUGCCUCAUCUGGCUUUCAUCAAAACUACCAUCUAUAUACGGAAGAAAUGCCAGACAAGCUUGUGCAUAAUAGCUUUUUUACCUCACCAUUUCCUGGUCAUGCUGUGUUCAAGCCGUUUUGAAGCCGGUUUAACUUAUAUCACACAAUCUCUUUCUGUAAAUAAUUUGAAUCAUAAAUAUGAUGAUACUCUGUGGCGCAAGCUUUGUGAAAUAUGUGGGAUAGAUACGGUAAGCUCGUUUCUUAAAGAAAAAUUGUAUUAAGAUAAUUAAUCAAGCUUACUUAAAGGAAGUCCAAUAUUUUGUAAUCCCAAAACUUUUUUUAAGUAAAUUAAAUGUAUACCUGUUACACUAUA